AUGGAUAGUAGAGCAUUGAUUGUAAACGUAGCUCGCGGUCUAGUAGCUCUUGCUAUUUUAGCUGUUUUUCUUAAUAAUUUAAUUUCUCAAAUUAAAAAUGUGAGUUUAGUAACACAAACGCUUAGCGUUGAAAGAAGACAUUAUUUGGUUCCUCCAGCAUUGACUUUUUGCAUUACAAGACAAGUGACCUACACCUUUACUUUAGAGGUUUAUGGAAAUGUUGUUGCCACCG